AUGCCCCCGAAAAAGGACGUCCCUGGCUGGAACCCUGUGUCCGGCGAUGAGAAAGCCAAAGGGGCAAAGAGGAGUAGGCGUAAGGCAAAGAGCGGCACCAACUACGAGAAUUCUGAAGCAGGCCCGUCUUCGACUGUCCCAUUACCAUCCCCUGCUCAAACCGGCUAUGGACCAGGCCCAUCCCUUCAAAAACCACCAACAUCGACCGGGACUAACCAGACUCCGGCACCGAUUGGUGCUCGGUAUACUACACAAACUCCAGACCAGCCUGCCCAGGCAACUCCAUCUUCGACUCAGCCAACUCAGCCUUUGACACAGACUGGUUCUGGUCAAGCCGGUCAAGCUUCAGGUCAGCCUGCUCAAGCAGCCGUGUCGACUAAGCCAACCAAAACACCUGGCCCAAAUGCUUCGGCUAGUAAUGAUAGGAAUACGGGCGAAUCUUUUGCUGGGCUCGCUGCAGCCCAAAUGGAUCCAACUGGCGGACUACCAAACCGAAGUUUGGCUGGCUUGAACAAUACAAAGCCAGGCUCUUCGACUGUCGCUCAACUACAAAAGACUUUGCCUGGUGCGGAAGGCUCCGAGAAGAAACAAUCGAUCAGCGAUCCAACCAAUGCGGAUUCAGGAGCCGAAUCGCCUGAGAGAACCCAUCCACAGCUUCAACCACGACCAGGCGGCACCGGAACUAAAGGAAACCCCGUCACUCUUUCCACAAACCACUUCAAACUGGCUAUUAGGCCGGGUCUAAAGCUGUAUCGCUACAGCAUCACAGUCUCGCCCGAGGCGAAAGGAAAGAAGCUAACCCAGAUGAUCAAAGAGGCACUGAGUCUUCCGGAAUUCGACCUUCUGAGACCUGUAAUCUUCUCAGACUUUUCGGCCUUCCUGUUAUCACCCCAAAUGCUCCCCGGUGAUUCGUUGAAGGUCUCUGUACCUUACAAGAAGGGGGACGGCGCUAAAGACCCAAAUGAUGCAAAAUCUUCCAACGACGACGAGAUUUCAAGUGGCGUUGAAGAUUCAAGUGACCCUAGGAAGUACUACGUUAGAUUUGAAUUCAUCAGGAUGGUCGACUUCAUCAAUGCUACAAACGCCCAAGAUGGCUCAGCAAACCAGGGAAAUCUACCAAUAGCGCAGGAUCUCGAUAUCGUUCUUGGUCAUUACCGAAAAUUAUCGCCGGACAUUGCCAUGAUCGGUAAGCGGAAAGCAUUUCCAUUGCGAGUUCCAAACGUGGAGCCAAUUUUCCUUUCAGAAGGCCAGCGUGAGGAGAGAGCUUUGCUAGCCGCCCUUCGAGGGUUUUUUUCCAGUGUCCGCCUUGGGACAGCCGGAAUCUUAGUCAACGUCAACGUCAGUCACGGGCCAUUCUACGUUCCAAAACAACUGCCCUUUGUGUUCAGAAUGAUUGAGAAUCGUCCGCAAGUCCAUGCUACAAGAAUUCCGGGCCUUCUAAAAACGUUGCGAGUAGAACUCACGCAUUUACAACCCAAAAAGAUCCUCAGGACCAUUUCAGGAUAUGCAUCUCCUGGACAAGGUAACGGCUAUGAGGCUCAUCCGCCAAGGGUGUCAACGUUCGGAGCUGGACCCCGGAAUGUAGAGUUCUUCGAAUACAUAUCCACCAAGCCGGCCAUGGGACUGAAAGACAAAGAAAAGGCCAAGGAUGGCCGUCUGACCGCUCACAGUCUUAGUCAAUGCGGCUGCGAUGGCUCCUACAUUAGCGUCUACGAUUACUUCAAAAGGAAAUACCCGUCGCAUCAGGUCUCUGAGACUAUGCCCGUUGUCAAUGUUGGGAAUGCACAACAUCCAGCAUACCUACCGCUCAGCGCCUGCCUUGUGAUUGCCCAACCAUCAAAACUGACGCUCAGCUCAGACGAAACGGCUAUCAUGCAAAGAUUUGCCGUACGCGUUCCUUGUCACAAUGCAGACUCCAUCAGCAACCGCGGAUUCUCGACGCUUGGUCUGACAAAUAACCCAAAGCUGGCAAGACUUGGCAUAGCCAUUGACCCUAAAAGAGUGGUACUCCAGGGUCGUGUCUUGCCACAACCGACCGUAAUGUUCCACGACAAGUAUGGAAAGGACAAAUUUGGAGAAUAUGGUGGAAGUUCUCGAUGGAACCUGGGAGGUAUGAAGUUCAGGAGCUCAAAAAAGUUGGGAAGUUGGGCCUGUCUGAACAUUCACUACGGCCAACGACCUGAGCAAAAGCACGACACUUGCGUGAAGAACUUCGUGAAAGUUCUCAAUGACUGUGGCGUUGAAGCAUCAGGACCACACACGACUCACCUAAGCGCAAGCCAACUCAACCAAUUGGUCAGCAUUUUUCAGAAUUAUCAGUCCUCCAAGCCUGCCAUCCGCCUCCUGCUUGUUGUACUACCCAACAAAGACUCGCAGCUUUACAACCAGGUCAAGCGACUUGGAGACCUCAAAUAUGGCAUCCAAACAAUUUGCGUCGUGGGUUUAAAAAAUAAAUUCUACAACACCGCGACGAACGACCGUGGAGAGCUCAGAUCGACGCAAUACUACGCGAACGUCGCGCUUAAGGUGAACAUCAAAAAUGACGGAAUUAACCACGUGCUCAAAAGUGACCAAUUAGACUUCAUCAGCGAAGGUGAAACAAUGGUUGUGGGCAUAGAUGUGACCCAUCCGUCUCCCGGAUCUGGACCCGUUGCGCCAAGUGUAGCCGCCAUGGUCGCUAGCUCUGAUAAACACCUAGCUCAAUGGCCAGCUGAGAUUCGCAUCAACCCAGCCCGUCAAGAACAAGUCGAAAUGCUUCGCCCGAUGCUUCGAUCACAUUUAAUAUAUUGGAAAGAGAAGCAUGGAUCAUUUCCAGAAAAACUUCUGAUAUACCGCGACGGAGUUUCCGAAGGCCAGUAUCAGAUGGUGCUUGACGAAGAGUUGCCGCAGCUCCGAGCGGCUUGUGAAUUAGCCUACGGAGACCAGAGACCUCCACGUAUAACCCUCAUCGUUGUCGGCAAACGUCACCAUACUCGGUUCUACCGCUCAAAAGUCACAGGUGAAAUUAUCAGAACCAAUGAGGGAAAAGACGGCAACCCACCUUUUGGAACUGUCGUCGAUACGGCAAUCGUGGAUCAAGUGCGAGAUUGGGAUUUCUACCUACAGUCACACACCGCCCUUCACGGGACCGCACGUCCAGCACACUACUUCGUCCUCUUGGACGAGAUUUUCAAAAACCACACCCCGGAGAUGCUGCAAAAAAACAAAUGCAAUAACGCUUCUGAUCUUCUCUACAGCAUAACGCACAACAUGUGCUACCUUUUCUGCCGAGCCACAACGUCAGUCAGCAUCCCUCCACCCGUUUACUACGCGGACAUUGCGUGUGAGAGGGGUAGGCGCUGGAACAGCAGAGUCUUCGAUUCAUCGCAAAGCGAGGGGAGUGGUGGGAAUGAGCUAGUGAAUGAUGACGUGAAGGUCCAUAAAUGGUUGACAAAAACGAUGUUCUACAUCUAA